AUAUGAAAAAGCCGGAACAAAUAGAAACGUCAACAGGUUGAACACGCUUCCGCAUUCCACACCAUAAAAAUCACGUUUCCAACCACUGUUUCCCUGCGAUUACAUUAAAAAAAAGUAUUAAGUGGUUAUAUAUUCCUAUGUGUGUAUUACGAGAAUUUUGUUAAUUUUGGAGCACGCAUCCAAGUCGUAUUUGCAUUCGUACUCGAUAUUUUAAUUUUAAACUGCGAAAUAGUCCCGGCAAUGGCAACAGGAAUCGAACGUAUGGAGACAGGCGAACAACAACCACAGGCUUCCGAUGGAACCAAACGAAAACCGAUCUGCAUGAUCGUUCUGGGAAUGGCUGGAUCCGGUAAAACUACAUUCGUUCGAAAAUUGGCGCAAUACAAUCACAGUGAACACAAUCCGUACCUUAUUAAUCUUGAUCCGGCAUGUAGGGAGGUUCCAUAUCCGGCUAAUAUCGAUAUACGUGAUACCAUCAACUACAAGGAAGUGAUGAAACAGUAUAAUCUAGGACCCAACGGCGGAAUUGUCACUGCUUUAAAUCUGUUCUCUACCAAAUUUGGCAAGGUCAUAGAAUUAGUGGAGCGGACGGAGGAUAAACAUAAGUAUUGCGUGAUUGAUACACCGGGACAAAUAGAGGUGUUCACGUGGUCUGCUUCCGGAACAAUUAUAACGGAAGCUUUGGCCACUGCGUUCCCAACAGUGGUAGUCUAUGUAAUGGACAUUGUCCGAUCAGCCAGUCCAACGACUUUCAUGUCUAACAUGCUAUAUGCGUGUUCAAUUCUUUAUAAAGCUCGCCUUCCAUUCAUAAUCGUACUUAACAAAAUCGAUGUUCAAGAGUUUGAUUUUGCCAUUGAAUGGAUGCAAGAUUUCGAAUCAUUCCAGGAAGCUCUAGAAAACGAAACAUCAUACGUAAGCAACCUCACAAGAACAAUGUCUCUCACAUUGGAUGAAUUUUAUCGUGAUUUGAAAGCUUGUGGUGUUUCAUCUAAAACUGGUAUAGGCUUUGGUAAGUUUUUCGAGUUAGUUCAGGAGGCGGCAAAGGAAUAUGAAACGGACUAUAAAGCAGAAUAUGAAAAACUAAGAGUUGAAAAAUUAGAAGAAAAGAAACAAAAAGAGCUAGAGCAGUUGAACAGAAUCAGUCAGCAGGAAAAAGGCCAGGAAGUUCCGUUGAUCAAUGAAUUGAGCAGUGGUCGAGAACGAGCGGAAAUCUACCUUAAGCAUCCCGGUAAUGAAAGUUCCGAAGAUGAAGAAGGCCUGGAAGACGACGCACCGGUUUGUCCAGGCGAUGACGAAAUAGAAGAAGCGCAAUUCAGCUCAUUUAUUAGACGACACAAAGAAGAUACUGUAAAAAACCAUACUAUUGGUAAAUAAAAAUGAUCUUUUUUUAAAUUAAAAAAA